AUGCGCGCCAGGCUGAGUCAAGGCAGGGCCAAACAGAGCGCGCCAGACCUCACGUACUACCUCAUGGAACAAGCACAGGCCGAGACGAGUAUCAAGGACGACAGCCUGUACUGGAUGCACGGAGAUAGCCUCCUCGCAAUCGUGGCCGGAAGCGAACCAACAGCAUACGUACUUCUUGGCAUUUUCUGCGAGCUGGCAAAGCACCCGCAACACGCAGAACAGAUCUACGCAGAGGUGAGAGACGUCAACGUGUCCCAAGUCAAGGCUCUGAACCGGCUUCUCCAUCUCAACGCCGUCAUCAACGAGACGCUGCGUCUGUAUCCGGUGCUGCUCACGGGCGGAGCGAGGAAGGCAAUGGACGAGGGCGUCUGGAUAGGCAACAAGUUUAUCCCGCCCAACACAACCAUUGUCGCGCCUAGAUAUUCUAUUAUGCGGCGCGACCAGUUUCAUUCCCGAAAGAUGGACCACGCGUCCCGAGAUGGUUCGUAA